AUGGAUGCCAAUGCCAAGCAGCAUUACCUGGCCGACUCACCUCCCACAGUGGUCCGUCUGGAGGUCAAACAUCACUUCGAUACCCUGAAGGAUAAGAGCUUGAGGAAAUACGCGCAUUACAUGAGCCGAGCUGCAUUCGAAGGAACCCGUGUGACCCUCCGUCAAGUCUCUCCUGAGUCGGAGCCGAUUUACGACUUGAUCCUUGCGCUGCAUCGUGCCUGUGAUGGAAAGUGGACCGAUCUUACUCAGAAGACCGGUGUCAGUGAAGAAAACGUCCGCUUCUUCCUCGAAUAUGCCGCUCAAUUCCUCGGAAACUGUGGUAACUACAAGGGCUUUGGUGAUUCGAAGUUCAUUCCUCGAUUGCCGGUUGAAGCCCUGGAAGCAUUGUCUUCAGCCUCGCCUGAGGCAAAAUCUGCGUUUGAGAAAGCGAACACAACAGGAGGUGGUAUUUACGAGACCGACGAACAAUCGCUCAUGCAUCUCGGCUAUCCCGAGGCUGGACACAUGACUACGUAUUACCCUGAGUCUCCAGCAAUCACCAAAGAUGAGAUUACUGCUAUUGGAGAUCUGUUUGAGCAAAAGGGAAUGCCUUUGGAAAACACUAGACUUCGGAAGACUUCGACGGGAGACUUUGAGUUGCUCAUUGCCUCGGGUGUUUCCAACCCUCCUGCGCGUGAUAGGGACCUCGGCGACGUCACUUCCUUUGAGUUGGAUGGGAACCUGAAGGGAAAGAAAGUACAACUUGUGUUUGGCGAUCACCAGGAAGAGAUGGCAAAGAUUGCACAUAGCGUCAAGCAAGCUGGGCUUAAUGCAGCGAAUGAUACCCAGAAGAAGAUGUUGGACGAGUAUGCCAAGUCGUUUGGUGCCGGUUCAAUUGAAGCAAUCAAGGAGAGCCAACGUUUGUGGGUAAAAGACCAGAAGCCAGUUUUGGAGACAAAUCUUGGAUUCAUAGAAACAUACAGAGAUCCUCAUGGAGUGAGAGGAGAGUGGGAAGGGUUCGUUGCAUUGGUGAGUUACACCCUCAUGAUUCCUAAACUUCCUUGGGGAACCGAUUUUGAAAAGGAUAAAUUUCUGAGCCCCGAUUUCACCUCGCUGGAGGUCUUGAGUUUCCAGUCCUCUGGCAUUCCUGCCGGCAUUAACCUUCCCAACUAUGAUGAUAUACGCCAGAAUCUAGGUUUUAAGAACGUCUCUCUUGGGAAUGUCCUUGGCGCUAAAGCCCCUAAUGAGCCCAUUCCUUUCAUCAGUGAGAAGGACCUGGAGGUAUAUCGCAGAUGCCGUGACCCAGCAUUUGAGGUGCAAGUCGGUAUCCACGAGCUUCUUGGACAUGGAACCGGUAAGCUGCUGCAGGAGACUGCUCCUGGAGAAUACAAUUUCGACGUAUCCAACCCCCCAAUCAGUCCUGUCACUGGCAAGCCGGUGUCCAGUUGGUACAAGCCCGGUCAGACCUGGAGUUCCGUCUUCGGAGCUAUCGCUUCCUCUUAUGAGGAAUGCCGGGCAGAGUGUGUUGCAAUGGCCCUCAGCUGUGAUUUCAGCAUUCUGAAGAUCUUCGGGUUUGGAGAUGGAAAGGAAGAUAUUUCGAAUGAGGCUGGCGAUGUCCUCUUCGCAGCCUAUCUGCAGAUGGCGCGUGCGGGUCUGGUCGCCCUGGAAUUCUGGGAUCCUAAAACUAAGAAGUGGGGACAAGCGCAUAUGCAAGCUCGAUACAGUAUCCUGCGCACCUUCCUUGGCGCUGGUGAGGAUUUCGUCAAACUUGCUUAUACUAAGGAGGAUCUCUCUGACCUUGAAAUCCACUUGGACCGCUCCAAGAUCCUCAGCCAUGGACGGCCGGCUGUUGAGAAAUAUUUGCAAAAGCUGCACGUCUACAAGAGCACUGCAGAUGUUGAGGCGGGCAAGGCACUUUACGACGAUAUUACUGCUGUGGAUGAAUGGUGGGGGACUAAGGUCCGUGACAUCGUCUUGAAGAACAAGAUUCCCCGCAAGGUAUUCGUCCAAGGUAACACUAUUCUAAACGGGGAUGAGGUCAUCUUGAAGGAGUAUGAGCCAACUCUUGAGGGCAUGAUUCAGAGUUUUGUUGAGCGUGAAGCAACGAGAGUCUGGAUCAGCCCCCAAUCAACGGGACGGUCGUCUAGCGAACGUCGAACACCCUCCUCCCUCAACUCGAAACAAAACAAACUACAGCUUUCAAUCAACAUCCAGAGAACGCUCGACACCUUGUCGUGGUCACCGAAUUCACCUGGCUCGCCUCCCACGGCGCGGCCGCCUCAUCAUCACCUCGCAGUCCCCGUAGUGGAGGAAGACGACCCCCCCUACACAGCGCCGCCGCCGCAUUCCCCAUAUCCCGAAGCUUCUUCCUCUAGCCUUUCGUUUUCGCGUCCUCCACCAUUUUCGUCGCUUGUAUUUGCCACCGCGACAGAUUGCAACCGCCCGAAGACUCUACCUACUGAACCCGGCUCCGCCUCUCCUCCGCCCCCGAACGACGACGAGCCCUUAGAGCCGGACCCUUCAUCGGCCUUAGUCGCGGAAACCAAGGCCUCUUUCUCUCGAGACUCAAAAGGAGAGCCUCCCGGGAAGAGCACUGACGACGGAGAACCUCCUCCACCAUAUACUGAAGGAUCCAGUCCAAUCCACUCGUUUACUUACGUGAUGGCAGCGGCAGGAGGCGCGUCGAGUAUUAUCACCCAAGUACAGCAGACAGGAGGGCCUCCGAUAAAUACACUCGGUGAUAUUAAUGGCGACGAACAUAUCACUCUUGAUCUCCGGGGAAUUCGGUUUACGCUUUCUCGCGAUGAAUUGUUGACAUUACCGGAGUUUGUCCUUCUUUCUCUCUUCCCAAAUGGUCUACUUCCAGACGGGCAUAUGAAUGGCUUCCACGAAAGCGAUGUAUACCCGGUUGAUUAUGAUCCGGCAUCUCUACAAUAUAUGCUGGAUUUCUUUCGCGCCGUUGCCCAGUCCAUUCCAUCAUCGCCAUCCGGCGGACCCCCUGACCUUGAUGUGGCUCCCGAUUCCCUGCAAGGGUCUACGAGAGACAUGCUCCAAGAUCGUGCUGGCAUCAUCGUCUUGCGCGAGGAUCUGGAUUUCUAUGUCAUUCCACCACGUCCGGAUAUUGAUCACGCAGAGAUGAUGGAGGUCAAGCGCGCUGCAGCGAAGGCGCUUCUCAAGCAGGAUGGAAUUUUUUCCGGGCUCAGGAAAAGUGACGAGCCUGGAUCCACAGAACAACAUCUUAUUGAGAUGCUCACCGCAGGUGGGUUUGACCGUGAUGACCAAUGGGGCCACCGUGCUCCAGAACCCAACAAGGCUGUUAUUUGCAGUCUUGCCCUAGCCAAACUCCGAACGGAUAUUAGAGGGGAUCUAGCCAGUAACAAUGUGGGAAUGGCCCAGAAGCUCCUUUUGUUUUGGCGAAAGCCAGCUCGACGAUGCUGGUGGGAGGGUGUUGACCUGGACAACGUGGAUGGAGUCGACACCACAGUCAAAAUAUGGAUCCGUCGAGUCUGGACUUUGGAGAUGGUAAGAAUCUAUGAACAAGACUCUUGUGACCUCUUUUCUUCUAACGAUUUUUCCAGAGCGUAA